GCACUAUGCGCCACGACGAUCCGCCACAGACGUCAACUUCGACCCCGAUCUCCCGGAAGAGUACCGGGAUGACCUCGAUCCGGGCUACCGAAUUCGUGAGAUCAAAGAGCAGGAGCUUCUGCUCGAAAUUCAAGACAAGUACGAGCGUGCCCUCGCCGCUGCGCCGGAGCUUCUGCAGUGGGCCACUGAUGUGCUGCCCAAUGCAGCAGCGGCGCAGUCGGCAGAGGACCCCACGGCUGCUUCGGGCGAGGCGGCUCCGGGUGCUGAGGAUGACGAGCUCCUGGGAGGAACUCCCGCAGUGGACGGAGGCCCUUCCACUUCGGAGGCAAGUGCUGGCGGCUCACAGAUGGCCCCGCCUCACAGCUUCACAUCUGCGGGCAGCGACCACACUCUCGCAGACGCGAUCAUGCACGGCGUGCAGACCUCUGGACAUGCCGAGGCUGCAGAGGCAUCUGGCAGCGUGCCGACAUUUGGAGCCAACGCAGAGGCUCAGGCAGCGCCGGUGGAGGCGGCUGAGGAGAGUGGUGCAGGGCCGCAGCAGACGGCGACCACUCCGUCGGCAGCUCCAAAGGCGCUGUCCUGCGGUGGCAAGAUCCGGCCACCCGACGGCCGGCCCAAGAUCUGCCAUCCCGAGUCGGCUGACUCCUUCUACCCAGUAGAGCUGGACGGCGUCGUCUAUGACUCAUUCAACCUUCGAGUUGUUCACGAGCGCGAUCGGACGGGCUUUGAGGAGACAAAGGACUUUCCGAUACGGCUUAACAGUAUUGUUGCCGGUCGGUAUCAGGUGCUAGAGUAUCUUGGCUCUGCUGCCUUCUCCCGUGCGGUCCAAUGCCUCGACCUCGAGAACAACAGGAUGGUCUGCAUGAAGAUCAUCAACAACAACAAGGAUUUCCUGGACCAGUCCCUGGACGAGAUCAAGCUCCUGAGGUUGAUUCGGGCCAACGUCGACAACAUCGACGACAAGAACUGCUUAGCGCUGGUGGACUACUUCUACCACAAAGAGCACCUCAUAAUUGUCACGGAGCUGCUGCGCGACAACUUGUACGAGUUUUCCAAGUACAACCGCGAGGCCUGUGAGGAGCCGUACUUCACGCUCGGGCGGCUGCAGAGAAUCUCCAAGCAGAUCCUCGUGGCCUUGGAGUACAUCCACCAGCUCUAUUUGAUCCACGCGGAUCUGAAGCCCGAGAACAUUCUCAUCAAGAGCUACUCCCGCUGCGAGGUAAAGGUCAUCGAUUUCGGCUCUUCGUGCUUCGUGGACGACUCGUUGACAAACUACGUGCAGUCACGCUCGUACAGGGCCCCGGAAGUGAUCUUGGGCCUCGCGUACGACCAGAAGAUCGACAUCUGGUCCUUGGGAUGUAUCGUUGCAGAGCUCUGGGCAGGUUUCGUUCUCUUCCAGAACGAUUCGGUCCAGAGCCUCUUGGCGCGGAUCAUGGGCAUCCUCGGGCCGCUGCCAGCGCACAUGAUGGCCACCGGCCGUUUCGUGCCGCAGUACUUUACACAGGAUGGUCGCCUCUUCCGCGAAUCGCAGUCUCCGCCACCUUCAUCGGCGGCCACGAUGCCGGUGGAUCCGCAUCGGUCAUUGCACCUCUUGGUGCCAAAGAGGACAUCACUGAAGCAGCGCAUGCGAACGAACGACGAGGUCUUCUUGGAUUUCCUGAGCUCUCUGCUCCAGGUGGACCCAGCGCUGCGGCCAAGUGCGACAGAAGCGCUGCAGCAUCCCUUUCUAAGUCCGGGUCGUUACAGCGACGGUUUCCAGUGA